AAACCGAAGCUUCUUCUCCACUUCGUCCCACACUUCAACGCCUCGCGAUCGAUCGCCCCAAAUCCCCGCCGCCGCCGCCGCCGCCGCGAAUCGCCGGAUGCCCGCCGCCGUCGCCGCCGCGGGGGCGGCGGCAGCCUCGGGCACCGCGCUGCUCGCCUACAUACUCCUCGCAUGCUGCCGGCCGCAGCCGGCGCCGGAGGCCGGCGAGGAGGAGGAGGAGGAGUCGCGGCUGUUGUCGUCCGGGGCGGAGGCGCGGGGGAGGGAGGCGGGGGAUGGCGGCGAGGAGGAGGAGGAGUGGCCGUACAGGCCGCCGUCAACGUGCUGCGAGGCGGCGGCGGUGGCCGCGCGCACGGCGCGGCGCACGUGGGACCUCACCGUCGGGCGCUGGGGCCUCCACGGCAUCGCCUUCGGGAUCAAGCGCCACAUGAAGCGCCAGGGUGAUUUGCAGCAUGAGUAUAGUGGAAAUGAUUGCCUUCAACUAAAAGGUCACGACGCACACACUGAAGUAGCUUAUCUACUUGAGCACUUGAAGAUUUGCAUGUUCUACUCAAAGAAAACAUUUUCAGCGUUUCUUCAGUUUGGUGGGUACAAUCAAGAAGACAUUCUUAUUCACAAGGCUAGGGCGAGGCUUAUGCAACCUUCUUUCGCGCUUGUGUGUGACAAAAAAUCCAAGUGCUUUCUGCUUUUCAUUCGGGGUGCUAUCAGUACUAAGGAGCGCCUAACAGCCGCAACUGCUGCUGAGGUUCCUUUUCACCAUAUAGUUUUAAGUGAAGGACAAAUCAGCAACGUGGUUUUAGGAUAUGCACAUUGUGGGAUGCUUGCUGCAGCUCGUUGGAUUGCUAACCUUGCCAAGCCCCAUCUUCACAAGGCAGUACAAGAAUUCCCUGAUUAUCAAAUAAAGGUCAUUGGGCAUUCAAUGGGAGCAGGUAUCGGAGCAAUUCUGACAUACAUUCUUCAUGAGCAUCAUGAGUUCUCAUCGUGCACGUGUCUGGCAUUUGCUCCUCCUGCCUGUAUGUCAUGGGAGCUGGCGGAGUCGGGCAAAGAAUUUGUCACUUCUCUCAUCAACAGAAAUGAUGUGGUCCCGGCCUUUUCAAAAGUUUCUGCUGAGAACCUGCGAGCUGAGGUAAUGGUAUCAUCAAAGCUAGAUGAUGAGCAGGAUCAAGCUCACUUUAGCUUAUUUACGGCAAUAAGUAAGCGUGUAGCUUUCAUAAAGUCUCAUAUGCUGUCAGUAUCUCAUCCAACAGAGAAGAACACAGAUCCUGAUUCUAGCAUAUCUGAGCCCUUGCUCAAACAUGUCCCCGAAAUCACGCAGCCUGUAACAAAUGGGCUAAGCACAGACUGCAACCAGCAUCAAACGGACCUCGUUGCUAAUACAGAGCAGGACUUUUCAGCUGUAUCAGUUGUUACCUCUGAAGAAAAGAUUGUACUAUCUAGCAACGAUAAUGUUAUCAGUACAAAGUCUGUUGCUGGAUCAGGCUUUGCAGCACAAGGGGAUGUGAACAUCAAUGGAUCACUGGACACUGAACAAGAACAAUCAUCCUUGACAGGGCAGGAGGAACCAGAAUCACUGAAGCAGAACUGUGAUAUCAAAGACAAGCUGAAAGAACCGCUACCAACCUGCAGUUCGCGCCAGUUUUUCCCUCCUGGAAGAAUUAUUCACAUGGUUGCAAUGGCCUCACCUGACCCAAAUCCUGGUGAGGGAUCCAGCAGCAAUGAGAUCAUUAGCAUUUAUGAAACGCCAAGAGAUUUGUAUGGGAAAAUAAGGCUAGCUCCAAACAUGAUAAAGGAGCAUUACAUGCCUAGUUACAUAAGCACAAUGGAAUCAUUAUUGGAACAGCUGCUCAAAGACGAUAAUGUAGAUACAAUAACAAAUGAUUUGUAAAUUAUGUAAAAACUCAAUAAAUUAUUAAUCCAAUUCUUUGCAAAUUGCAUUGUUCUAAAACAA